GAUGCCAUAAUUGACCCCGAACCAGAUUAAACUGAUGGUGAAAAAAAAAAAGUAGGCAAGUUUAAUUUUGAUAUAGAAAGCCACCCAUAAUCCAUGAAAAAUUAAAUUCAUGAAAAAUUAAAUUUUUGAUAUGCAAGCAAAUCAUAGUCAAUAUCCAUAUAUAUGUGUGACACAACAAACACAAACGCACAAAAAACGCUAAAGAGAAAACAAGCCUCGCCGAUAUUCAAGUUAGUGAUUCCUGUAAUAAAUACGUAGACAGCAGAAAUUCAGAUUAUUUUGGGGGUCGUAUUAUUUAAUUUUGAGAAGAGGCGUUUACAAAGCAUCCGCAUCAAGAGUCAGGUGUACUUUCAAAGUUGCAUUCACCAGUUUCAAUGGACCACCAUGUUCCUCAUGAAAUAGGUCAGGAUUCUCGGGCGGCGAAGACAAUUCGUGUUGAAGGUCGUGAUUCGGAUAGAAGAUCUCCUCUUCAUUCAGUUUAUCGGAUGCCAUUAUCUUCAACUGAUUCCCAGGCUGAUCAUCCCGUUGGAACUGAGAACAGAAUAGAAUCAAGGGAUGUAAAAGAGAACAGAGAUAUCCGUAGCGAGAAAGAUGUGCGUUUUGAAAGUAGAGGAAAUGACAGCAACAAGGGUACCAGAUAUGAAAGGGAUAGUCGUAAUGAUACAAAAGGUGACACUAGGACAGAGAAGGACACCUUUGGUUUGGUUAGCAGCAACCCCUUGAAUUGGAAAGACUCGAGAGAGUAUAGGGGGAAAAGAUAUGCUGAUUCUCCUGGUGGAAGUUUGGAAUCCCGGCAUAUGUCACGUGGAAAUACACCAGCCGAAGUUGGAAGGGAGAAUCCAACAGUAGAAAGAAGGGACUGUUCGGGAGCUCAUGAGGCUGUUGGGGAGAACAAAGUUGAUUCUAAAAGUGAAGAUAGAUUUAAAGAUAGAAAAAGAAGCGAUGUGACACCUCGGGAUUGGGGGGACAAGGAAAAAGAGAGAAGUGACUGCAGAAACAGUACACAAGUUAGCAAUAGCAUUGGUGAAAUCAAAGUGGCUGCCAAAGAAGAUGGAGAUGCAGAAAAGUUGGAGAGGGAGAGGAAAGAUAUUCCAAAAAACAAAGAAAAUUCAAAUGAGAGGGAAAAAGAUCAUAUCAAGAGGGAAUCAAGGAAUGGAGUGGAGAAAGACAUUUCAUAUAAUGAGAAGGAACAUGGUGAUGGAUCAGUUAAAGUUCCUGUGCACGAAACUGUGUUACUAGAACAGAAGAAACACAAAGAUGCUGACAGCUGGAAAACUGCUGACGGUGAAGCUAGAGAUAGGAGGAAAGAACGGGACAAUGAUUUAGAAGGUGGUCGAACUGAUAAGCGCUUUAAACUUGACAAGCAAUCAGAAGAUGGAUUACCUGACGGGGAAGGGACUGGAGAGAAAGAGAGUGAAGACAAUAGUUGUAAUGUUCAACAUCGCAAGAGGAUGCAAAGAUCCAGAGCUAGUCCUCUUGUCACCACCAAUCUCGAGGCUCGUUUUGGACCCCAUGCCCAAGACAAUGAAGAGUCUCAAGGUAAAGCAGAAGUAUCGUAUGUUACUUAUAAAGUUGGUGAAAGCAUGGAAGAACUGAUCAAGUUGUGGAAGGGAUAUGAAUCAUCUCAUUCUCAAGUUGAAAAGAAUGCUGAAAGCUCUAACGAUGGCCCCACUCUUGAAGUUCGGAUACCAGCUGUGAAUGUUACAGCUGCAAACCACCAAGUAAGAGGUUGCCAGCUAUGGGGGACUGAUGUGUACACAUAUGACUCAGAUCUUGUUGCUGUUCUCAUGCAUACAGGUUACUGUCGCCCAACAACUUCUCCUCCUUCUACAGCGAUACAAGAGUUGCACACAUGCAUUCGGGUGCUACCUCCGCAAGAUUGCUAUAUAUCCACCCUGAGAAACAAUGUACGUUCCCGACCAUGGGGUGCUGCAAUUGGUUGUAGUUAUAGAGUUGAGCGGUGUUGCAUUGUGAAGAAAGGAGGUGGAACUACUGAUCUUGAACCUUGCCUUACUCACACAUCAACAAUUGAGCCCAGCCUUGCACCAAUGGCUGUUGAGCGGACAGUAACUACCAGGGCUACAGCUUCGAAUACUUCGCGGAAGCAAAGAUUUAUAAGAGAAGUUUCAAUUCAGUACAACCUCUGCAAUGAGCCCUGGAUCAAGUAUAGUAUUAGCAUUGUUGCUGACAAGGGACUAAAAAGGCCACUCUACACAUCUGCUCGCUUGAAGAAGGGAGAGGUUCUGUAUCUGGAGACACACUCGUGCAGAUAUGAACUCUGUUUCGCUGGAGAGAAAAUGGUCAAAGCUAUACCAGCAACUCAGUUGCACGACCCAGAUAAAGAAAAAUCUCAAAAUCAUCAUCUGCAUUCAGCAAAUGGUGACAAAUCUGAUUCUGAUACUAUCUUGAUUGAUGUAUUUCGUUGGUCGCGUUGUAAGAAGCCUCUACCCCAAACACUGAUGCGCACAGUUGGCAUCCCCCUACCUCUUGAACAUGUAGAGGUGCUAGAGGAAAAUAUAGACUGGGAAGAUAUCCAAUGGUCACAAACUGGUGUUUGGAUUGCAGGAAAGGAAUAUCGCCUUUGUAGAGUGCAUUUCUUGUCAAAGAAUUAGUUCAUUGACCUGUUUUAUUUUAUAAGGGAGAUGGAAUGAAAAACCAGUGUUGGGAUUAUAUAUAUAGUGUUCUUUUGUAUACUUUUCUGUAGUUGUAGAUGCUGUCUUGAAAUUCACAGGUUGAAAUAACACCAGAGUUUUGCGACAUGCAUUAAAUUAAGUUCGCAGAAGACUGGCAUCAAUGUUGUAUUCAUAAUCUGUUAUUUAGUUACUAGAUGUUUGUUUAUUGGACAAUGAUGACAUAAGCUUAUUAGAACUUCUCAAUGGAAGAGUUCAAGCUCAAUCUGUGGGAAUUGUUACAAAUGAAAUCUUUUAGAUUAUAGAAGUUUGAUGUGAUAUCUCUGUUAAA